UUGCUUUUUACGACAUCUGGCAUCUUCACCUGAGAGGAACACAAGCCAUACACGGACGUCCAAGCUCACAGCACAGGUUGCUAUGGUAAACAGCAGAGUUGAGGCAGUGCCUGCAGUGGCGGUGAUGAGCAGUGGCGGGGGAACAGUGGGCAGGUCGUGUGCAGGAUGUGGCAGUCGAAUCGACGACCGCUUCCUGCUCUUCUCCAUGGAGCGGUACUGGCACACGCGCUGCCUCAAGUGCUCCUGCUGCCACGCUCAGCUGGGUGAAUACAGCAGCACCUGCUACAGCAAGGGAGGAAUGAUCCUCUGUAAGAACGACUACAUCAGGCUGUUUGGACACAGCGGUGCCUGCAGUGCUUGUGGACAGUCCAUACCUGCCAGUGAGAUGGUGAUGCGAGCGCAAGGCAACGUUUACCAUCUUAAAUGUUUCACGUGUGCGACCUGUAGGAACCGCCUCGUCCCCGGUGAUCGCUUUCACUACAUCAACGGGACCAUCUUCUGUGAACAUGACCGGCCAGGAGGAGGAGGAGGAGGAGGAGGAGGAGGAGGAGGAGGAGGUCUGCACAGCGGACACCCGACUCCACUACAGGCCAACAGCAUGAUGUCUGAUCAGAAGGUGUGCUGAGGAUGAAAAUAAAAUAAAAACUGUUCUGUGCCUUUGUCCUCUCCUCCUCCUCCUCCUCCUCCUCCUCCUCCUCCUCCUCCUCCUCCUCCUCCUCACUGUGAAUCCUGCCGCGGGUCAAACUCCCUCCACUCUGACAGACUUUCACACGGACUGUCUGGACGUCGACGCUUGCUGAGGCUUCAGCUUCCCAGAAGCAGCUGACUGUUGUGAGAGGAUUGUGAGGAGUCUGCUGUUUGAAGAAUGAUUACAUAUUAUUUAUGUCAGGACAGGGAAAACAUGGCAGCCUUGUAACUCAGUGUGACUCCUGUUAGAGGUGAACAAUGUGUGUAAAAUAGCACAGAGCAUACAUGUAUAUGUAUAUAUAUAUAUAUAUAUAUACAGUGUAUAUAUACUGUCAUGAAUAUACAGUAUAUACUUGGACCCCUGAAUCAUGUGUCUGAAACCAUGAGUCAAAAUAAGCAAACAUGGGAUUUUUGGGGGGUUAAUGACACAAUAAAGAUUCAUAAUUUGAGAUUCAUAAUCUGUGAGUCUGCAGAGGUCUGUGUGAGAUAAAGGUACAGUGAGUAGAAUUUAGCAACAUUUACUGGUGAACGUUACUGUGUAACAGUGACUCAGCAUUGGUGAAGUCACUCCAAGAUUCCCAACUGGAGAUCUGAGUUCAGGGGGAGAAACACUGAAUGGUGACGAGAAAAGGAACGCACCUUACAUUUGACACACUGGACUUCUUAAUGUCACCUCUCCAUAACUGACUGUACGGCCUGCACA